AUGCCUCCGCCUCUGCCUCACGCCCGCCUCCGCCUCUGCCUGCCCUCCGCCUCGCCGCCCUCCGCCUCUGCCGCCUCCGCCUCUGCCCGCCCUCCGCCUGCCCCCUCCGCUCUGCCCUCGCCCUCCGCCUCUGCCCACCCUCCGCCUCUGCCCACGCCCUCCGCCUCUGCCCUGCCCCGCUCUGCCGCCCUCGCCUGCCCGCCUCCGCCUCUGCCCACGCCCUCCGCCUCUGCCGCCUCCGCCCUGCCCUCGCCCUCCGCCUCUGCCCACGCCCUCCGCCUCUGCCCGCCCUCGCCUCUGCCGCCUCCGCUCUGCCGCCCUCCGCCCUCUGCCCUCGCCCUCCGCCUCUGCCCCGCCUCUCCGCCCUCUCUGCCCACGCCUCCGCUCUGCGCCUCCGCACGCCCUCCGCCUCUGCCGCCUCUGCCCACGCCCUCCGCCUCUGCCCACGCCCCUCCGCCUCUGCCCACGCCCUCCGCCUCUGCCACGCCUGCCUCUGCCCUCGCCCUCCGCCUCGCCCUGCCUCCGCCUCUGCCCAGCCCUCCGCCUCUGCCCGCCUCUCCGCCUCUGCCCACGCCCUCCGCCUCUGCCCACGCCUCCGCCUUGCCCGCUCCUCUGCCACGCCCUCCGCCUCUGCCCACGCCCUCCGCCUCUGCCGCCUCCGCCCUGCCGCCCUCCGCCUCUGCCCUCGCCUCCGCCUCGCCCUCCGCGUCUGCCCAUGCCCUCCGCCUCGCCCUCGAACUCCGCGUCUGCCCAUGCCCUCCGCCUCGCCCUCGAACUCCGCGUCUGCCCGCACCCUGCUCGUCUGCCCUCGCCCUCCGCCUCUGCCCUCGCAGUGCGAGCGGCCGCCCGUACUGCGCUGUGGGAGCGGCGGGAGAGUUCACGAUAGGGCACCAGGGCAUCCGAUUCAUGGGCAUAAGGUCGCAGUGCAACCACGCCCUCCUCGGGGUCGCUUCCCCUUCAGCGACGCAGCGCCAUUCCCCUCACGAAGCCUUCCCUGCUCCGCCUGCUUUCUCUUCCCCGCAGGAGUGGCGUCACCUCCUUCCCUGGCGCGCUCCAGCGAACCUUCCUUAUCUCCCUCGCUCCUUGUCUCGACUCCUCGCCUGCGCCCUCGAGGAGGCUGCUCGGGAAAAUUCUCAAGGAGCCGAGGAUGUGCUAUACAUGGCCGAGGAUUUACUUAAAGAGCAACUUUAUCUCUCGAAGAAUAAACAGCAGCGCAGCGACCGGCCCGAGGGAGAAGGAAUAAUACAAAACGCUGAGCGCAUAAUUGUAAAUCUGAUGCAGAUGAAGAAGUUGUUUAAACUUCAUUUUACGGCCAGCCGCUCUAGGACUUGUUUUCGAGUUUCAGGUCAGAAUCAGCUGGAACGGACAGAUGGGAAGCAGAGUCGACGCGGCUAA